AUGAGGUCUGAUGCAUUAAUGGGUACCUCCAGAGGCAUUCCUGGCUUUUUUAAGAACCCCUCCUCUAAGGUCGAACUUACUUCGUCCCUUCCUCUAGCAGUGAAGACUUCUACUGAUCUGCUUAUAAGGGGCUGGACUGAGAAAGAGCAAGGAAACUUGGAGCAAAUGUCAGCGAGUGAGCCCUACAUUACUACAGAGCUGCUGAAUCACAAGGUCAUCUUGUAUAUGAUAGCGGUGUUUGAUAAGGUAAAAGAUGAGUUUGACAAGGUGGUCAAUUUGAGAGAUGAGUCUCUAUGCCUACAUUCUGCUUUUGAAGAGGAGAUGGCACUUUAUACUGAGGAGAAUAAAACCCUGGAAGAGCGUAUAGCCAACAUGGAGGCAAAACUGGAGAGACGAAAGCAUUUAUAG